AUGCCUUCCUACAGCUCCCUUUUCGCUCUCUGCGUCGUUGCCUCAGGCAUCGUUGGUACUACCCUCGCCAACCCCCUCGCUGCUCGUGCCAAGUGCUCCCCCAACUUUGAGGGAGCAGGUAUCAGCAUAUUGGGAGCAAACGGUUUCGUCACUCCCGACGGUCGUGGUCAUGGCUCUAAUGCUCCAUACUGGCACAUCCAGCAGAACGGACAGUCUGUCCCAGGGUACACCUUCAGGGACAUUGCAAAUGACAAUGUAGCACUCACUCGCAACCCCGAUAACUCCUUGACUAUGGGUGCCGUGGCUAACAGCGGAAACGAUGUUCGUCAAACUUUCAACAUCGAGUGUGACACCUGUGUAGGAGGUGCCGCGACAGCUCCUCCUAUGACUUCCAUUGCUACUGGGUGCAAUAUCAAAUUGAAUGCAGAUCCCACCCUCUGUGUCCAGGUUGGAAGGGCUCCCUCGGACGACCUCAACCUCGCUCAGUGCGGUGCGAUUCCUGGAAGCCAAGGUUUCUCGUUCUCUACUUGA